AUGAUCGAAACUUAUAGCCAACCUUCUCCCCGGUCUGUGGCCACUGGACCUCCUGCCAGUAUGAAAAUUUUUAUGUAUUUACUUACUAUUUUUCUGAUCACCCAUAUGAUUGGGUCAGCUCUUUUUGCUGUCUAUCUUCACAGAAGGUUGGACAAGUUAGAAGAUGAGAGGAAUCUUCAGGAAGAUAUUGUGUUCUUUAAAAAGAUACAGAGAUGUGUCAAAGGAGAAGGACCUUUAUCCUUGCUGAAAUGUGAGGAAAUAAAAAACCAGUUCAAAGAACUCAUCAAGGGCUUAAUGCUCCAGGAAGAGAAAAAGGAGGAAGAAAAUACUUAUGGAAUGCAAAAAGGUGAUCAGGUGCCUCAAAUUGCAGCCCAUGUCAUAAGUGAUGCCAGUGGUAAAACAUCAUCUGUUCUACACUGGGCUGAAAGAGGAUAUUACACCAUGAGCACCAACUUGGUUGAACUCAAAUACAAGAAGCAGCUCACUGUGAAAAACCAAGGACUCUAUUACAUCUAUACCCAAGUCACCUUCUGCUCCAAUCAGGAGACUUCAGGACAAAAGCCAUUUACAGCCAGCCUCUGCCUGCAGUCCCCAGGUGAAUCGGAGAGAAUCUUACUCAGAGCAGCAAAUGCCCCCAGUUCCUCCAAACCUUGCAGUCAACAAUCCAUCCAUUUGGGAGGAGUAUUUGAAUUGCAAUCAGGUGAUUCCGUAUUUGUCAACGUGACUGAUCCCAGCCACGUGAGCCACGGGACUGGCUUCACGUCUUUUGGCUUGCUCAGACUCUGA